UGCUUUACCUCAGCCCCUCGGCUGUCAGCCAGUCAACGAGCCAGUCAGCACAUUUGAAAUCGUUCUUGCCAACCGAUCGACACCGAGCCUUCAGCGUUCAGCGGUUCAGCUGCUUUCAGUUGUGUUUCGACCGUCGUGUUGUUUGGAUGUUUUGCUAUUCCUUCGUGAAUAGCGUUCGAUAAGUUAAUAUAAUUCGUGAGUGAAGCAUGCUUUUUGAAAAUCCUCCUCUUGCUCCCAAAUUGUUCCCUUACUCAGUGCCACCACCGUUGGUUUUGGCACCGCCGUCUGCCGGAGGCACUUCGAUGACAGAUAGCAAUGGGCUUUUAGAUCCCGAUUUGCCCCACACUUUAGUGCCAGUUAAUGGAAAUCAUUCCAAUUCAUCUGGGAGAAGUACUCCCAAUAAUAGCAACGAUCCAGCACCAGGAAAGCUCUUCGUAGGAGGACUGAGUUGGCAGACAUCAUGUGAAAAAUUGCGAGAAUAUUUUGGAAUGUUUGGAAACGUAACAGAUGUUUUGAUUAUGAAAGAUCCUAUUACUCAGAGAAGCAGAGGAUUUGGUUUCAUAACGUUCUCUGAACCGUCUAGUGUAGAAAACGUAUUAAAAGUCCCUAUUCACACUUUGGAUGGUAAAAAGAUCGAUCCCAAACAUGCAACGCCUAAAAAUCGCCCAAAACAGCCCAACAAAACCAAGAAAAUUUUUGUAGGGGGUGUCAGUCAAGAUACAUCGGCCGACGAAGUGAAAGCUUAUUUCAGUCAAUUUGGGAAAGUAGAAGAGACCGUUAUGCUAAUGGAUCAACAGACCAAAAGGCACCGUGGUUUUGGUUUUGUUACAUUUGAAAACGAAGACGUGGUCGAUCGCGUGUGCGACAUCCACUUCCACACCAUAAAAAAUAAAAAAGUAGAAUGCAAAAAAGCUCAACCAAAAGAAGCAGUACAAGCCAAUGCUCAAUUAUUAGGUAAACGUUUGAUGAUCGGGGGUCUAGGCAUGCGCAUGGCCGCACCAGGAGCCGGUCCCAUUGCGGCUGCUAACCCACUCGCAAUGGUCCAAGCGCAGGCUCAGGUUCAGGCCGCAGCCGCGGCAGCUGCGGCCGCUCAAGCUCAAACAGCGGCAGUAGCCAACUAUGGUAAAUUAUUCGGGGCAUAUCCGCCUCUAGCCAGUUAUCGUUACACUCCGUAUCCGAUAUCUGCCGUUACUGCAGGAGUAACAGCUGCGGCCGCAGGCGGUACGACCGCGCCCGCGCCUGCUGCAGCCGCACCGGCUAUAGCUGCUGCUCAGGUGACACCCAGUCCUUACCAGGGCUACAAUUUGACCAAUGUUGACAUGUCGAGCUUCCAAGGAGUCGAUUGGGGAUCGAUGUAUGGAAUGGGCAUGUAUGUGUGAGAGAUACGAAAGUUGUUCUGCCCCUGGCGACGACGCCUUGUGCCUACUAAAUUGACUGUAUUUUUGAGGUUAAAAUUUAGAUUACUACACGUUACGAUGAUGAUGAUAACGACGACUUUAUUAUUAAUUGGAGGAAUCAGUGUUGAUGAUGUACCGACAACGUCGUUCCUGUCAGAAAUGGUGAUGAUAAGCUUCUGUUCGUUUAGCAUUUAGCAAUAACUCGCAAUAAACAGUAUUACUCACGUUCUAUUAAUUAAACGAAUGCUCUUGUUCUCUAUCGAUAAUAUACAUUUCAAAUAAAUUAUUUGCAAUAAUUUAUUAUUGUACUCCUAGAUAUUACGAGUCAGUAUUUUUCGGAAGCGGAAUGUGAUUAUUGGUUUAGACUUAAUUUUCAUUAUUUAAUUAAUUAAAUGUAAAACUAUUUCAGUGAUGUACUUAAAAGACUUGUACUUAAUGUUUAAGCCUAGUAUUGUUAAUACUGGUUUAUUCUUAUUAUUAUUAUUAUUAUUAACAUAUUUAGGUAUCGUCUUAUGCUUAGUUCAAUCAACUUUUUGACGAAUGUCGAAUACCUACCGUGCAUUCACGUAAUAUUUGAAAAGCACCUUAACUGAUUUCUAAUGUUCGCUUCCAUAAUUUUGUAGUUAUAAAGGAAACUCGUUUGUCGCAAAAUUAUUGACAAUUUUAUUAUUUUCUUUAUAUUUUUCAGGUAUUCGUUAAAUGUUUAAGUUAUAAUUAAUUGAUUAUUACUUAUCUGAUCAACAGAUCUUAACAUACAUUCGUCAAGAAGUGGACUGGUCCUAUAGUUUUAAUCGCUACUUUUUGUUAGGAUCUCAUUUGCAGCUAGUUUAAGGUCUUUCUACUAUUUAUUAAACGCAGGAGCGCCACAGCUUGCCAAGACAACACAUUAACCGACAGAUUUGACAAUUAUGUACGAGAGAGAGAGAAAGAGAGAUCUAGUCGAGUGAUCUUUUGUUUUUUUCCAUCUGUAACACCUUAGGUGUAGAGUGCUUUCUACAUUCCAUAGAAUAAUGAUAAAAUGUGUCGAUAUCUAACCACUGUUUUGAGGACCAAUCUUACGGUGAAAAUGAAUAGUUGCUGACUUAUUUUGCUGUCUUGACUAUUUUUUGACCCUUCUGCUUAUAAAAUAGACUUUUUAGUUGUUAGAUUUAGUUCGUUUGUUUUUCUCAGUACUCUGUUGUACACGCUGCUGUUUGGCUGAACUUUAAAUCCGCAGUUUACCAAACACUACUGUUGACUAUUGUUCCUGUUUUGCAGCUCUUUUUAAACGAUAAAUGAAAAUUAUUGUUCAGAACUGUAAUUUCUAGGGCCCAGUCGUCGUGUCUCUUGUGAUAAUUUAUAGAGAUACCGACUAGCUAAUGACCAGACAUCGAAUAUAAAAUCCAAAGUAAAAAAAGCCAGCUAUUAAUUUCUCAUGUAAACUGUUCUCAUGCUUUUGUUUUCUACGGUUGGUGAUUAUAUCUACAUAAAUAAUAAAGUCAGUAAGUUUGAAUUCAUUUUUUUGGUCUGGUUAUGGUAUAUUUGAAAAUAUUUUCAAAAUUUAAAGGACAAGUAAUGACCGAGUAAGUGGAAAGAGCCUUUCGUAAAUAAUUGGUAAGUUUAAUUUAUUGUCUUGUUGAAAAAGAAUAUUAGUUUUCAUUUUUUUUUAUUUCAUACUUUCAGAAUAAAAUCGAUCUUUCAAAAUACACCGAAACGUAAUUAUGACAGUUAAGCAUGCUCACACAUUUCAGUUAUUCUGAAGUUACUAUAGAAAAUAGUGGACUUUUUUGUCUGUUUUGAACUUUAUAAAUUUUUAAUCACGUUUUUAGUUUCUUUGUUUUGAUCACAAUAACUAAACAGUUACUAUAUGUAAUUAAUAACCAAUCUAUUAAUUACUACAGUUGCCUUUCAGUUAUUUUUGAAUAUACAUGAACAUUAAAACAAUACAGUUGAACACAAUUCGAUUUGUAUGUUUCGUUGUGCCAAACAAUGUGUUUGAAAGAUGUCUGGUCUGUAAUACUUUCUCUUAUUCUUGCCCAUCGACAGCAAUAACAAAACGUGACAUAAUAUUCGUCUAUUUUUGUAUAUUUCGUCAUGUUAAUACUGACGUGAUGGAUUCGAGAGAAAGAGACGCAAAGUGUUGUCCUUAUGACGAAACACAUCACGUAUGUCUGUCUGUAUGUUGUAUACAUGUUGUAAAUAGCCAACCAAAAGAUGGCUGUUAGCUAGAGAGUAGAGAGUUAAGAUGAUGACGGCUACAUAUUAAGUAGACAUCCGUGUUUUAGCUGUUCACUGUAUGUAUUAACUCAGAAUCUAGUUAACAUAAGACUCUUUAAACGAUAGUUCUAGUUUCUACUGUUCGUAGUUAGUAAGUAUGUAUUUGUUCGUAGUGUAGAUGAGGCACUGUAGUAGAGAGCUGUUUUGAAUAAAGUAGUAGAAUAUGUAGA